CCAAUAUUUUCGAAAAGAAUUAGUUAAUCAAUAUAACGGAGCCCAACGACAUUUACAACAACACCAAAACUCUUCCAAAUCUAUUAGUCGAGAGGAAUAUUGUUGCGCUUGUUACCCUUUGCCCCUCGUUAUACCCGAAUCAUUUAAACAAUUUUGGAAUUGGUAUUCCAGUUAUCACACCAGUUCAUACUCAGGCAAAACUAUCCAAUACCUAGUUGAAUUAAUUGAUACUCUAAAUAAUAAUUCUGAUACUACAACCGUUGAAAUCCUUAUACAACGAAUUAUUUUCAGCACUGUUUUUGAGAGAGUACCGGCUGACUAUAAUCAACUGAGAGAUAGUAUUAUUAAACACCUUACACCUAAAC